AUGGUAUUGGGUACUGUAAAAUCAAAGAAUAAUCUUAUAAAGUAUUAAGAAUCUAUUUAAUAAUUAGUAAUUGGAUACAUUUUGUAAUUUAAUCAUUUUUAAUACAAAUAUUAUUUGUAAAUGUUGAAUCUUUUGGACAACUUAUAACACAUCUACCAUCUGAAACUUUUUUAUAUCCACUUUAACAUAUAGAGCAUUCAUAAUCUCUUUCACACUUUAAACAAAAGGCAGGGCAUUAAGAGCUUGCUAACACCGUAUAAAUGAUAUACCAUCCUGAAUUUGAAUUACUAUAUUUUUAUUUAAAAUAUUUACGUAAAAUUUCCUUUGAGAGAAAAAAUUAAAUUUCCUUAUUCAACAUAUAGAUUUGUAGAUAAAAGAUAAACAUUAGCUGUUUAACAACCAGUAAAUGUUAUUGUAUUUUAAGCAUAGAAAAAUAAGUUAUCAGUUUAAAAUUACCUUCCAUCAAAAUAAAAAGAAGAAUAGUAUGUAGAAUUUAGGUAGAUAGAAAUUCCAGAAUUGAUAGGAGUGGCAUUACACAUUAAAAUAUAUAUUUAUGCAGUUAAAGGGUAUAAAAAUUAAGUUGAAUUAACUGUAACUGAUGCUCCUUCGUUAUUUUUAAAUACUCCAAAAUAAGGUCCUAAUUUUUUAUUUUAAUUGUUUAAAUAUUUAGGAUCAUAAAUUACUCUCCAUUAAAUCAAUUAUGUAUAACUAUAUUAUUGA